AUGACAGCGUCGAAGGAUAUCGUCGAUCUCGUGGCCAAGGCCAAUGCGCGUGGUCCAACAUCUGGCUUCACAGACGUUGACGACGAUGCAGAGGAGUUGCCGACCGAGUUUGAUAUUGAAAACGCUCAAGUGUUCAAACCUCUCAAGGUCGGUGAUCUAACGCUUCAGCACCGAAUAGUACACGCGGCGUUGGGCCGCUCUCGAGCCAUCAACUCAGCUGAAAGCCCUUUGGCGAUCAAGUACUUCGCGCAGCGCACAACGCCGGGCGCACUCAUGAUCUCCCAAGCCACUGGAGUCUCACUGGAGUCCAAAGCUUGGCCCUGGUCAGCAAACCUGGAGACAGAGGAGCAAAAGACUGCCGUCGCAAACAUCGUUCAGGUUGUUCACGAGAAGGGCGGGUUCUGGUUCCAACAACUCACCCACGUAGGUCGGUGCACCUCACCAGGUCUUGUCAAGCUCGCUCGAAAGCAAAUUGGCCUCAAGACCCCGCCUUACUACGGCUACCUUCCGGUUUCUGCGUCAGCUGUGGCCGAAUCAGGAGUUAACACUCAUUCUGGGGAACCAUUCGGCGUCCCGCAUGCCUUGACGGUUGAGGAGAUUCAAGGCAUAGUGUCAGACUUCAAGCGCGCCGCCACCCUGGCUGCUAGCGCUGGUGCAGAUGGAAUAGAGCUUCUCGCGGGAAACGGCUUUCUUUUGGACCAGUUUCUCCACGAUAACAUCAAUCAACGCGAAGAUCAUUAUGGCGGAUCCGUCGAGAAUAGAAGUCGAUUUGUGCUGGAAAUAGUCGAUGCUGUUUCUGAAGUCGUCGGGUACCAACGUGUGGGAGUUCGUCUGAGCCCCUUUUCUAACUUCCACGAAACGGACGGCUCGCAACCCUUGGAGCAGUCGCUUCAUCUCAGCCGUGAACUCGCGCAACGGGGCGUUGCAUACCUUCAUGUCGCCGAGGGCCGCGUGUCCCGUAACUUGGGGAUCGCGGAAAAUCUCGCAAGGCUCGCUGCCAAAGGCAUCGCGCCAGAGGAUGUUUCCCUGCGGCCGUUCCGCCGUUUGUUGGCAGAGGUCAAACCUUCCAAACCCGAGUACACACCUACAGUCCUAGUCGGCAAUGGAGGCUACACUGCCGCUUCGGGAAUUCUGACUGUCGAAGAGGACCAGGCCGACGCCGUUUCGUAUGGUCGACGCUUCAUCUCGAACCCAGAUCUUGUGCAGCGUCUUCGCCUGCGUAGACAGCUGACUCCGUAUGACCGUAGCACAUUCUACACCCACGGUGCUGAAGGAUACACCUCCUACGGCGACUCGGAGACCUCUAAGGAAGACACGUCUCUGUCCAACAAUCAACCAGCCCCCCAGGAUGUCACUGCGUCUGAGGCCACCGAAGCCAACAAAGACGAAAGCCCGUUACAAGGGAAUGCCCAGACGCAGGAACCUCGUCCUAAGCGUGUUGCUGUCAUUGGUGCAGGGGUUAGUGGACUGGUCACAGCAGCUGCCUUCAACCGUCUUGGCGGUUUUGAACUGAAGAUCUUCGAGCGCAAGAGUGUACCCGGCGGCGUCUGGGUCUACGACCCAGUGUCGACGACUGUUCCGCAGUUUCCGGCCCCUGAACCUUCGCAGAUUGACCCGCCGCUGCCGCGACCGGAUAUUGCUCUGCCUGGAGAUGCGCCUCAUUCCACACGCCAGCGUUUCCUUUCGUCUCCGAUCUAUGAUUCUCUCGUGGCAAACAUCCCAUACAGCGUGAUGGGAGGCACAACGGAGCUGACGCUUCCUCCUCCGGCCAACACUGAGAGCCAGUAUCUGACCGCCCUCGAGGUUUCAGAAUUCAUCAGCAAGGCUGCCACGAAACACAAUUACCUGAUUCAGUACAACACUUCGGUCGAAGACGUCAGAAACCUUCCUCAGGGUGGUGUCAGAUUGCUGCUGCGCAGAGAGAACGCCGGAGGCACCGACACCUGGUACGAGGAAGACUUUGACCACGUCGUUGUCGCCACAGGCCACAACAGCGUGCCUCGCGUCCCCGAGAUCCCCGGGCUUGAGUCAUGGAAGGGCGGUCUGCAGCACGUCGUGACCUGGCGCUCGGGAGAGGAGUUCAAAGACAAGACAAUCCUCGUCAUCGGCACCAGUGAGAGCGCAAUCGAUCUCGUGCUUCAGUCGUUGCCUCAUGCCAAAGGUGACGUCCAUGUCUCGCAGAGGACGCCGCACCCCCGUUAUCCAACCAUCUUCCAGCGUCCAGGCGUCAAGGUCGUCCAAACCAUCGAUCACUUCACCGAGGAUGAGAUCCACCUCGUUGACGGGACAGUGUUGCGCGACAUUGAUCACGUCGUGUUCGCCACGGGGUACUUCUACUCGUCCCCCUUCCUCGCCAAUGUCCGCCCGCCCCUAGGCCCGGGAGGCCACCGUGUGCCUGGUCUGUAUCAGCACAUCUUCGACAUCCACAGCCCAAACACCAUUGCCUUCGUCGGUGUGGUCAACGCGUCGCUGACAUGGCUGACAUGGGAGAAGUCGGCCUUCCUGAUCGCGCUCCUGUGGUCGGGUAAAAUUCACCUGCCGAGCAAGGAGAUUCAGGAGAAAUGGGAGCAAGACCGACUUGAGGAGAAGGGCGAGCGCUUGUUCCACAUUCUGGAUCUUCCUUAUGAGCGAGUGUUGUUCUUUGACGAGAUCAACGAACUCGCGGCAGAAUACCUGUCGCAGGAAGGGGCUGACGAUACACUUCUGCGCGGGUUCCCGUUUGAGUUCAUACUGGAUCUUAUUGCUGGGCGGCCAGCGAAACUCAAGCAUUACGGAAUCUCGGAGGAUGUCGGUGGCAGGGGUGUUCCUGGUGCAACCGCCGUGAUCCUUGACAGUGCUGAUGUCGAGAACCGCGGUGGACAAACAGACACACCUACCUCAGCGGACUCUGGCGUGGAUUUCGUCUCUGCUGAGGCCAAGUUGUUGGCGUUGGAGGAUAGAAAUAUCCAGCCAGUGCAUCAUCAAGUACAACAGGCACCGGCGGUGAUCUCAGCGGCAUAG